AUGAGGGUCACGACUCCGCUGCCGGCAAAGGGCUUGCUGGCCCGCAGCGUGGAAGAGCUGCGGCGGCGCUCCAACAUAGCCCUGAGGAUGGAGGCCGUCAAGGGACCUCUCGGCCCGCGCCCCUUGUACGAAUUCACCCACGCCGCCUCGGUACAAGACUGCGUCCUCAUGUCGGAUGCCUCGAUUGGGGGCUCGUCCAGAAGCCACCUCGACUUCGUAGCCGGCGACGACUCCGCCGCCAACGACUCUCGCCCGCCGCCGUCGUACGCCCGCUUCCACGGCCGGAUAUCCACCUCGCUGCCUGCACACCGUCCGAACGUCCAACGCAGCGGGUAUGCUGCGUUCCGCACGCCGGACCAGAGGCCGACGCUGUUCGGCCGCUCGGUCUGGGACAUAGACCCGUAUGCCUAUCUUGCUUUGCGGAUCAAGUCGGAUGGCAGGUCGUAUUUUGUCAAUUUGCAGACCGAGGCCGUGGAGCCCACGGAUCUGCACCAGCAUCGUUUAUUUGCCAAGCGGCCCGGUCAGUGGGAGACGGUCCUGAUCAAGUGGAACGAUUUUGUGAGGACAAACCACGGGUUUGUGGUGGAGCCGCAGACCGAGAUAUUGAGGCAGAAAGUGAGGACCGUGGGCAUUGGGCUGACGGACCGCGUCGAGGGCCCGUUCGAAUUGUGCAUUGAAAAGGUCUGGGCUACGAACGAGGUUGCUGGAGACGCGACCGUGGCCAAGUCGGCCGCGUGUGAGCUGAAGAACAAGCGGGGGGAGAAGAUUCAGUGGCAGACAUGA